AUGCCGACCGUCCACUUGCUGGAUUAUGUGGCCGGCAACGUCCGCUCCCUCGUCAACGCGAUAGAAAAGCUAGGCUACACGGUCGAGUGGAUCAAGUCGCCAGCCGACGUGUCAAAAGCUGAAAAACUCAUCCUCCCCGGCGUCGGCCACUUCGGCCACUGCCUCACCCAAUUCGCGUCGGCCGGCUACGUCGAGCCCAUCAAAGCACACAUUGCCGCCGGCAAGUCGUUCAUGGGAAUCUGCGUCGGAUUGCAAGCGCUGUUCGAAGGCUCCGAGGAGAACCUCGCCGUACCAGGCUUCGGCUUGAUUCCCGGGCAACUGAAGCGCUUCGACGACCGGGACAAGAGCGUGCCGCACAUAGGCUGGAACUCAGCAAACACCUCGGCAACAGGCCAGGUGGCGGAAGAGAGCCUAUAUGGAUUGCGGCCGGAUAGCAAGUACUACUAUGUCCAUUCCUAUGCCGCGCCGUACCGGGAAGGCGAGCUUGAGGCUGCCGGGUGGAGCGUCGCAACCGCGCGCUAUGGAGACGAGAAGUUUGUGGGCGCCAUAGCGAAGGACAAUGUGCUUGCUACGCAGUUCCAUCCUGAGAAGUCCGGCGCGGCUGGCCUUCGCGUCUUACGAGCUUUCCUCAAUGGCAGGAAAUCCGAAAAGCUCUCUUCGAGACCUGAGGCGGAAGCGGCUAAAGAAGGUCUUACCCGUCGCGUAAUUGCCUGCCUCGAUGUCCGCACAAACGACAACGGAGACUUGGUCGUCACGAAGGGAGACCAGUAUGACGUUCGCGAGAAAGACGGCGUCAGUGCUGGCGGCGCAGUGCGGAAUCUCGGCAAACCGGUCGAUAUGGCACGCAAGUACUACGAGCAAGGCGCGGACGAAGUGACCUUCCUAAACAUCACAUCCUUCCGCAAUUGUCCCGUCGCAGACACACCGAUGCUCGAGAUCCUGCGGCGCACAUCCGAGACCGUUUUCGUCCCUCUCACGAUCGGUGGCGGCAUACGAGACACCCAAGAUACGGACGGAACCAAAAUAUCCGCACUUGAAGUCGCCACGUUGUACUUCAAAAGCGGGGCAGACAAAGUAAGCAUCGGCUCUGAAGCCGUCACGGCCGCAGAAGAAUAUUUCGCCCGUAGCAAACAGUUGUCCGGGACGACUGCCAUCGAGACCAUCACCCGCGCCUACGGUAACCAAGCCGUUGUCGUCUCAGUCGAUCCUCGAAGGGUGUACGUGUCCUCGCAGGACUCAACACCCCAUCACACCAUCCGCACAUCCGUUCCCGGCCCAAACGGCGAAGAGUACUGCUGGUACCAGUGCACUGUCAAAGGUGGCCGAGAAGGUCGAGACUUCGAUGUGCAUCAACUCGUCACAGCUGUGGAGGCAAUGGGCGCCGGGGAAAUACUACUGAAUUGCAUCGACAAAGACGGCACGAACAGUGGAUUUGAUCUGGAGUUGAUCAGGGAUGUCAAGGCGUCUAUUAAGAUUCCUGUAAUUGCAAGCAGUGGGGCUGGAAAUCCUGGUCACUUUGGUGAGGUGUUUGCAAAGACAACGACCGAUGCCGCUCUGGGUGCUGGAAUGUUUCACAGAGGGGAAUAUACAGUCAAACAGGUCAAGGAGUAUCUGAGAGACCAGGGAUUGCUGGUGCGGCAAUUUGAGGAAAGCAUAUAA